GUUUGUGAUCUUCAAAGCCACCUCCGCAGCCUCACCACCACAACAUCUUCACCCAUAUUUUCACUCGCUUCGCUACGCAGCUGCCUUUUAAUCAUAUCUAUUACACGCAACAACACCAACGAGCCCUGCCUAACUUACCAGCACUUGCUACCGCCCAUGGUCACGAGGACCUAAUACUAUCGCGCGAAAUGCCUGGCGUCGUGGAGCCAGAGCUGCUUGAAGAACCCGAGCCUGCGCCCGUCGAGCUGCCUAUCGACGACACCCCACCACGUCCCUACGUUGUCUUCAAACAGCAUGUCGAGCUCGAGAUCGAUUUCCGAGAAAAGCGUGUCCGUGGCCGCUCGCACAUUCUCGUCGUUCCCAUCGAGCCUGAUGUCACUGAGGUGUGCAUCGAUGCCCGCCAAUGUGAGAUAGACGUCAAAAACAUCACCGUCUCCAACUGCCCUGCGCGAGCUUCCUACCAAGACCCAUGCGACAAGUUAGCCACCCCAGAUGCCUAUCGCUGGUCGGCGCCGCAAUGGCCCGUGAGGAAACGUCGUAUGGAGCCGCUCCUCCAUCACCGCCGGAAGGAGGUGCCCGUGAUGGCUCAUGAUUUGGCAUGCUGCCAACCUCUAGAUGGCGCUCUUCGUGUCACGCUACCCAGCGCCGACGAUGUCAAAAAGAAGAACCGCGACGCGCCAAAAGCUGACCAGCAGGAGUUGCUUAUCCAUGCCGAUGGCAACGUCCAAGGAUAUCGAAUUAGCAUUCCUUUUGAACUGAAGAAUGUUCACAAUGGCCUGCACUUCGUUGGCGUUGACGAAGGCGAUAUGCGCUACCCUCAUGUAUAUACCCGCCACUCUGUCGAGCCCGGAACUGCGUGUUCGAUAUUCCCAUGCAUCGACGACCCUGGCUGCCGCAAUCCUUGGAAGAUAUCUAUCACCUGCCCACGAACCCUUGGCGACGCCUUUGACCAGUCGUUGGUUACCCAGCAGCGCCCCAAGAGCGCUACCACUGUGGCUGGAAGCCGAAAAAGAAAGUUUGGCGAGGAAGAGCCUGUGAAACGUGACUAUGGCCUCACAGAAGAAGACAAACAACUUGAGAUGACUGUCGUAUGCUCUGGGUUCUUGACUGGCGAGGUAAUCGAUAAGAAUGACGAAACGAAAAAAACCAUGACGUUUGAAGUCGACAAUAACAAAGCCGCAAAACACAUUGGUUUUGCUAUUGGUCCUUUCGAGCAUGUCGACCUGUGGUCGGAAUUCAGAAGCGAAGAAGAUGAUACGAAGCUUGGAGUUAGCGCAGCAAAAGUUCACGGGUAUUGUUUGCCAGGCCGCGCAGAAGAGGUUAGGAAUACGUGCGCCGCCUUAGUUACGGCUGUAGACCAUUUCGUUCUUCAUUUCGGUCGCUACCCAUUUGAGAACUACAAGGUCUGUUUUAUAGACGAUAUGAUUGAGGAUGCAAUACCCCUGUGCGCAUUCUCCUUGUGCAGCAAUAGGCUCCUCUAUCCCUCAGAUAUCAUCGACACCGAGAUUGAGACAACAAGAACGCUAGUGUAUUCCCUUGCAAGCCAAUGGUUUGGGGUUAACAUAGUCCCCAAUACAAAGGCCGAUAUAUGGCUAGUAGUGGGCAUUGCGUGGUACAUGACCGACUAUUUCAUGAAAGCCCUGUGUGGUAACAACACUUUCAGGUUCCGCAUGAAGACGAUGGCAGACCGCCUUGUUGAGAUUGACGUGAAAAGGCCAUCUCUGCAGGAUAUGGGGGAACACUUGUACCUUGGCAGCUUUGAGGUCGACUUCAUGAAUCUUAAAGCACCCUUGGUAUUGUUCAUUCUAGAUCGUCGGCUGUCCAAAUCGUCGGGGUCCGCAGGCAUCUCCCGAAUAAUAUCACGAAUGGUCAGCAAGGCAAAUACUUCCACGCAAGCCAAUGAUGAUGUGCUCCCGUCCGACUCAUUCCGCAAAGCUUGUGAGAAAGUCGGUAGCACACGGCUGGAAAGCUUCUGGAACCAAUGGGUCAUCGGAGCUGGUUGCCCUAGGUUUGAUGUCUUCCAACGAUUUAACAAGAAAAAAUUGUGCGUCGAAAUGACGGUUCGACAGACUCAGGACAUUGCUGCAGCAAAGGAAAGGCCAAUCGACAAGAAUGAUUUUUGGCGAGAUGUUCGGGAGGAUACGCAUGCCGUCUACGCCGGAGAACUACAGCAAGCGUUCACAGGCCCUAUGACUAUCAGAAUCCAUGAAGCUGAUGGCACGCCUUAUGAGCAUAUAGUUGAAAUUCGAGAAGACGGCGCCCGGUCUGUGAGAUUCGAGAUACCCUAUAACACUAAAUACAAGCGACUGAAGAGAAACCGCCGCCAGCGUGAGAGGGCCCUUGCCAAUAAUAAUGCAAAGGAAGAAGGCCAAAAGGAACUAUACUAUCUGGGCGAUAUUAUGCAACAUCCAGACGAUGUUGAAGAGUGGGGGUUUAGGGAUUGGGAUGAAGAAACGGAAGCCAAGAUGGACCAAGAAUCCUAUGAAUGGAUCCGUAUGGAUGCAGACUUCGAAUGGAUUUGUGAAAUGAAGACGAAUCUUCCAGCAUAUAUGUACGCUUCUCAGCUGCAACAGGAUAGGGACGUGGCUGCUCAGCAAGAUUCAAUGCUCUUUCUAAAACAGUCUUUUGCCAAGUCAGGAGCUCAUCCCCUCGUUUCCACUAUACUUGCUCGAACACUCCUCGACCCAAGAUAUUUCUAUGGCAUCCGCCUGAUGGCUGCUGAGGAGUUACCGCGUCACGCAGUUCAGGACCCGGUGGAUUGGAUUGGGCUAAAACACCUCCAGAAAGCCUUUCAGCGCUUUUUCUGCUACCCGGAUUCAACUACCCCUCGGCCAAACAAUUUCUCGGACAAACGCCAAUACAUGAUUCAGUGCGCGAUUCCCGAAGCUAUGGCAAACAUUCGUGGAGAAGACGGGAAAUGUCCAAAAGAAGCUCGGAGGUUCAUCCUUGGACUACUUCAAGCCAACAACAACUCAGAGAAUGUUGUCUCGGAUCAGUUUUACAUCUGCAAACUCAUCAGAGCUGUAGCUUUCUGUCAAGUUCCAGAUGAAAGGAAAGCAAAGCCCCAGAUGGCCAUGUCACUCUCUUUUGGGGACGGAGAAAAUGAAGACGAGAUUAUGGCCGAGCCAAUAGACACAGAACCUGAAGAGUUCAGGGACUUGGCGCUUGAAGAGAUUGAGCGAUAUCGUCGAAGAGAUGAGUAUGCUCCAUCGUUCCAGAAUUGCUUUACUGUGGCAGCUCUAGACGCUUUGUGUUGUCUCAUGAAGGCGAACGUCAUCCCCUCUGAUCCGCUUAUAUUCGUUCAAUAUCUACAAGAUAGGACCUACGACGCCGUCCGGGUUAAAGCGUGCGAUUCAUUGGUUGAACUUGGUCUCCUGAACAAUUCGGAAUUCUUGCGAUACUUCUUUUCACUCAUCAGUACCGAUCCUUCGCCAUUUGUCCGGGAUCAGCUGUUCCAGGUACUAUGUCGCGGCCUUGCGAGUAUCGCAACCGGGGAGACCCCUGAUGCCAACAAGCAGACGCCGCAGCCUGUUAAGGAAGGGCUAGAUUUAGUGGUUGAACAGGAAAAUGAAGACCGACAAAAGGCUAAAGCACGAAAGACAAAUCUUCAGGCCGCUCUUGCAGCUUUGAAGGAACAAACCGAUGAUAACGAGGAUCUGCAGGAGGCUAUCUGGAGCGCAUUGGACUCCCCCGUCUUAACUGUCGCAGAACGGAUCAAUAUCCUAGAGAUCUGCUCGCUGUUAGUUGACGACGACCCUGCUCUAACAGUGAAGUUCAAGUAUCCAGAGGUGUGGUCUGCUACGCGUGGUGAGAGGAUUCGUGACAGAAAAUAUGUCGUGAAGUUCCACAAGAGAUAUAGAACAAAGUCAAGGGGCACCUAUGCCACUCAGGCACCACCACCACCACCAGUACGACCUGAGCCAAAACGAACGAUCACCCUGAACCUCAAUAAUCGAACACCUAGCAUCAGCAACGGCAAGCCUGUUGUCUCCACACCGGCCCAGUCUCAGCCAACGUCUGCUUCAAGUCCGGCUCCAACUCUGCCCACCAUUCCUGUUGCCGCUGCUGUGCCUUCCCAGCCGAAGAAGUCCAUAAGUGUUACAGUGCCAAAGGCACCCGCCGCGCCAUCAACGCCUGUCGUAAAGGUGGCAAAACAAUCUACGCCUAGCGAGACUCCUGUUGCAACCAAACCUUCUACCAAGUUGCCAACAAAACCUAUUGCGAAACCUACCACCAAGCCCCCAGUUAAGGCCAUGCUUAAGCAACUGCCUUCACAAGAGAAGAUUGUCAAGAAUGGAGAGCAGCGUCGAGACAGUAUCUCUGUUAUCCCUCCUAUUCGACCAACUAUUGAGCCGGCACAACCGGAACCGAAGCUACACACCCCGAAGCUCAGUGGAAACGGCAGCCUCACUAUAAAACCUCCCAAGCAGCUGAAGCGUGCUAGCACAGAGAGCGAAAGUGGUCGCCCUUCAAAGAUUGUAAAACUUAAUACUUCUAAGAUUCUUGAUGCUAUGAAGAAGCUACAGCCACCCAACAAAAUAGUCACACUUAAGUUUACAGCCUGGGACCGGCUCCAUUCAGGCAAAGGCUCCACGGGCAAAGAAUCUCCAGCAUCUGUCACCAUUCGGGCCGCUGGCAAAAAGCCAGCACCAGAAAAGAAAUCUGCGCCCACUUCUGAUCAUUCAACGUUGUCUGGUAACCCGCGCGCAAGCCCGGCAAUCGCGAAUAGAACUCCCAAGGCGACCCCCCCACCGCAAUCACGACAGAGAUCCUCGACUCCAACAUCGAAGAACGCCCCGCCGAAUUCUAAAUUAGACAGUAGCGGUGGCAAACCAAGGAAACCUCUACCAGAUAUGGUACGAAAGCCACUCCCAUCCAUGGCGCCAAACCCACAAUCUACGCCCUCCAAGGCAUCUUCCUCAGCAUCACCUCCUGCUCCCAAGCCCUUACCCAAAUUCAAAAUCAAGGUCAAGCCACCUCAAUAAUAGACAUCAAAUCCCUACAGCACGAGAUGGAGAGACCAUGUGAGGCACGGACUCGAUUUUUUAUUUCUCGUACUACAUAAAAUAAUGCGCUGCAUUUCCGCACCGAAGAAAAUCAAUCAACCCCUAGUCCCCUUCACCCCCUUUUCUUUUUUAAGCAUAGCAGUGGCGUUCAGGGGUUAUUACGUCAGGGAAAAAAAAAAUAAUGUGAAUUUUGCUGUGUAUACACGAGAUCAAGCGAAUGGAACUUUGUCUAGCUCCUGAGCCACGAGGGUUUGGAGACCAUUUUCAGAAGAGCCCGAUUCAGGCAAGACAGCGGGGGAAGGAAGUUAUUUGUUUCUAGCGUUCGGACCGUGCCAGGUUAGCCAGGAAAGGACGGGAGAGGAAAGAAAUGAAACGAAAUCAGGAAAUUGACCACCACAAUUAGAUCUCCUUUGAUACUGGAAUGAGAGGAGGCUUCUUGCACACAGAAAAAUAAUUGUUAUACUUCUGAUCGAGCCAAUCAGUGAUUUGCGAAUCUGCUUUACUUGGCCUUGUUUUUGUUUCUAGCCGUGCACUAUUCAUGUUGCGGACGUGAUCUGUACGGUGCAGUGUGUAA